AUGGAGCGCCUGAGGCUCAAUCCCGGGGCAAAGGAGUUUGUACCUCCUGGCAACGGCUUCCAGGUGUCCUGGCAGAGCUAUUCUUUCCAGAAACAGGAUGUGUCUGCUCCUGGCAGCCUACACACCUUUCAGCGCCAGUCACGGCCCAGGAGGAAGGCUGCGCUGCAGAAGCAGUUUGGGGGCAAUGUCACAGAGGCAGCACUGGCUGAUGUGUUCAAGCACUCUGGGAAGAUCGUGGACUGCCGCGUCUGCGGGGACCCAAACUCUGCCAUGCGCUUUGCCUUCAUUGAGUUUGCAGAUGAAGAGGCUAUUCAGCGGGCCAUCAAGCUCAAUGGCACCAUGCUGGGCAAGUUUCCGAUCCGAGUGAUGCCCUCCAAGACUGCCAUUGUCCCAGUCAACAACAGCUUCCUGCCGCGCACACAAGAGGAGCUUGAACGCUGCGCCCGUACUGUGUACAUUGCCAACAUUGACAAGAAGGUGGACCGGGAAGAAGUGAGGGUGUUCUUCCAGACGUUGUGUGGUCCUGUCACCAAGAUCCGUCUGCUAUCUGACUACAAUCACGUCAGCAGCAUUGCUUUUGUGGAGUUCGCAGAUUUCAAGAGUGCACGGAAAGCCCUGGACUGCAGUGGAGCACUCCUGGGCUCACUGCCAAUCAGGGUGACACCCUCGAAAGCUCCUGUGCGAGACGAGUACUGA